CUGUGAAGCUUCCUCUGAAAAAAGUUCGUCGUGGCAUUUCUCUUAACCAGCCACGAGUAGCUAGUACACCAACCAACGAAACAGCAUUGGCAUUAGCUGUGCAAUCUACAUCUAUAACAUAGACCGACGGGCCCCCGCCUGAGCAACCCGCAUCACAAGAACGAGCUAAUGGAGAUCGAGCUCUGGCCGAUAUGGGCGACGCUCGCGGUCGCCUCGCUCCUCUACUUCCUGGCCAGCCCCGCGCGCCGUGCCGGCACGGGGGGCGGGCGGAUUCCGCCGGGCCCCACGCCGCUGCCGCUCGUCGGCAACCUGCUCUGCCUUCGCCGCGGCAACCUCCACCACACGCUCGCGCGCCACGCGCGCGCCCACGGCCCCGUCAUGACGCUCAGGCUCGGCCUCACCACCGCCGUGGUGGUGUCCUCGCGCGACGCGGCCCGGGAAGCGUUCACUAGGCACGACCGGCGCCUGGCCGCCCGCGCCGUCCCGGACGCCGCGCGCGGCCUCGGCUUCGCCGACCGGUCUAUGUUGUGGCUGCCCAGCUCCGACCCGCUCUGGAAGAGCCUGCGCGGCAUCGUGGCCGCCCACGCCUUCUCGCCGCGCGCCCUCGCCGCAGCGCGCGGCGUCCGGGAGCGCAAGGUGCGCGACAUGGUGAGCUACUUCCGCGGCCGCGCCGGGAGGGAGGUGGACGUAGGCCAGGUCAUGUACGCCGGCGUGCUCAACCUCGUGUCGAGCGCGCUCUGCUCCGUCGACGUGGUCGACAUGGGCGCCGCCGAGUCGGGGCAGGGCAUGCGGGAGCUCGUCGAGGACCUCGUCGCGGUGAUCGCCAAGCCCAACAUCUCCGACCUCGUCCCUUUCCUUCGGCGGCUCGACUUGCAAGGGUGGCGUCGCUGGUCGGCGAUGCGGAUCGAGAAAAUCUUGCUCAUAUUGGAUGGCAUAAUCGACCGUCGUAUGGCCAACACCUCCACGGAGGAGAAGCUCUCUCACGGUGACUUCCUGGACUCGCUCCUCGAGCUCUUCUCCACGGGCAAGAUCGCCCGCGACGGCCUGACGGCCAUAUUGUUCGACUUGUUCACGGCCGGGAGCGACACCAUGGCCCUCACCGUCGAGUGGGCGAUGGCCGAGCUGCUCCGGAACCCAGGAGUCAUGGCCAAGGUCCGCGCGGAGAUACACGACGCUCUCGGCGGCAAGGAGAGCAUCGGCGAGACCGACGUGGCGGGCUUGCCGUACCUCCAGGCCGUGUUGAAGGAGGCCAUGCGGCUGCACCCGGUGGGGCCGAUACUGCUGCCCCACCGGGCCGUGGAGGAAGGCGUGGAGAUCGGCGGCUACGCCGUGCCGGAGGGCUCGACAGUCAUCUUCAACGCGUGGGCGAUAAUGCGCGACCCGGCGGCGUGGGAGAGGCCCGACGAGUUCGUGCCGGAUAGGUUCCUCGGCAUGGCCGAUGCGGACCAGGCGGUGGACUUCCGGGGCAAGGCGUUCGAGUUCAUCCCGUUCGGGUCCGGCCGGAGGCUGUGCCCCGGCCUGCCGAUGGCGGAGCGCGUCCUGCCGUUCAUCCUGGCCUCGCUGCUGCACGCGUUCGAGUGGCGGCUGCCGGACGGCAUGUCGGCCGAGGAGCUGGACGUGAGCGAGAGGUUCACCACCGCCAAUAUGAUGGCUGUCCCACUCAAGGCCGUGCCCGUGGUGGUUACCUAAUUAAUGGACGUCACAACGUGAAAGUACAUGUCACUGUCUUUCUUCACCGAGAUUUCGUCAUUGGAUGACUCUUCUGUCGUACGUACAGUAGAUGUCAACAUAACAUUUUGUCUUAUUCUUAUCUUUUUUCUGCGGGGACAUAACAUGUUAUCUUAUUCUUAUCUUGUGGGAUAAGAUUAUCAUUUCUUUUGCGAUAAGGAUAAGAUUAUCAUUA